AUGGCCAAAUUACCAGGGGUAACAUUGAGCAGUUGUGAGAAACCCAUGCCAGUUAUUGGCAUGGGAACUUGCUCGUUCCCUCCGGCGGACCUGGAAACUACAAAAACAGCGAUCAUCGAAGCCAUUAAAGCUGGCUACCGCCACUUUGACACGGCGUUUGCUUAUGGUUCUGAGAAGCCUCUUGGUGAGGCAAUAGCUGAAGCUUUGACCCUUGGCCUGAUCAUGUCCAGGGAUGAACUUUUUAUCACCACUAAACUAUGGAGCAGCUAUGCUGAACGUGACCAGAUUGUUCCUGCCUGUAAAAUGAGCCUUCAGAAUCUUCAAUUGGAUUAUAUUGACAUGUAUCUGAUACAUUUGCCUGUGAGAUUGACUGGAACGGUCUUUUCAAUGCCGGUCGAAAAAGAUGCAAUAGAGCCUCUGGAUGUGAAGGGGGUAUGGGAAGGCAUGGAGGAAUGCGUAAAACUUGGCCUAACAAAGGGCAUAGGUGUGAGUAACUUCUCUUGCAAGAAACUUGAGAAAGUACUCGCAGUUGCUACAAUUCCUCCUGCAGUUAAUCAAGUGGAACUGAAUCCAACUUGGCAGCAAAAGGAGCUAAGGGAGUUCUGCAAGGCAAAGGGUAUCGAAAUCACUGCUUUUUCUCCUUUGGGGGCCAACAACACCAAAUGGGGAGAUAACAGAGUUAUGGACUCUGAUGUGCUAGCUGAGAUAGCCAAGUUUAGAGGGAAAACUGUUGCUCAGGUUGCACUAAGGUGGGUGUAUGAACAAGGGGUGAGUUUGGUAGCAAAGAGUUACAACAAGGAAAGAAUGAAGCAGAACCUCCAAAUCUUUGAUUGGUCAUUGUCUGAGGAAGAGUUGGAAAAAAUUAGCCAAAUCCCACAACGAAAAGGUGUCACCCUGGCCUCUAUUUUAGGUCCCCAUGACCUUGUGCUGGAGUUGGAUGCAGAGGUCUAAUCGUUUGUUGCGUUGUAAACUAUAUUCAGAGUGCUUUAAAUCCAUGUAAAUAAUUAAGCCCAAUUCCAAACCUAGAAAUUU